UUACAUUUAACUUAACCUCAUUUUUGUUUUAAUUUGUCAGGAAAUUGUUUGUUUUGGAAUUUGUGUUUUUAAUGAUGUAUUAUAUAGUAAUAAGGAAACAAAAAGACACUGACACUCCUGCAAUAUCUGAAGUAAUCAGAAAUGCAUAUAUAUCAAAUGUAUUUAAUUCCUGGCUAAAUACGCUAUUCAGUGAGCUAACUUUUCAGUUAAUAGUAUUACUCUCUGCACUUUUAUUUAUUUGUCUAGGGGUUCCCUUAUUCCAUUGUUUGAUAUCAAUUCCUGUAGUAGUAAUAAUUUUAUAUGUAAUAAUUUACGGUAGUUUAAUAAUGAAAGCGGCUCAAGUAAUGUAUGAAAAAAAACCUUUAAUGUGUUGGGUAGCGGAAGCAUAUGAACCCCUUUUAAUAACGAAAAAUCCAGAUAACUGUUGGUACAAAAUCGUUAGAGAUGAUGAAAUUGAUAUAGAAGAAUUAAAACUCAGUGGCUGCCAGCGAAAGGUUAUAGGGACCAUAGCUGUUAUGAAACAUUUUCAACGAGAAGACUGGUGUUGGCUGUUUAGAUUAGGUGUAGAGAAAAGAUAUCGUCGAAAAGGUGUAGCAUUAAAAUUAAUUCAGACUGUUCAGAACUGGUGUCAUCAAAAUCAUUUUAAUAAUAUUGAACUAGUAUUGACAGAAUGUCAGGAUGGAGCAAGAGAAUUGUUCAAUGUUACAGGGUUUGAUCUGAAACAACUAUAUCAUAAAAAAGUGUUCACUAGUGCAGUAACAUUGCAAAUGUUUCAACUUCGAUGUGAAGUUAGACCUACUUUUUAAUAUGUAUUUUAGGAUUACAUAUAUUUGAGAAAAUAUUUGCAUUUUUACGUUUUGUUCCUAGGCAUAAAACUGUCUAAAUAUUGUACUGUAUAAAAUUAAUAAAUACAUACAUAUAAACAAAUGGUUUUCGGAAACUUUAAUCUAGGAUUAGUAAUGAACCAUUAACAGUGAACUAAGUGAAAAUAUCAAAGGUUCAUAUGACAAGGUUAAUGAUUCUACUGAUCAGGUUAACAACAUUAUAGUUUCCGAAAAGGCCUACACAUACACAGGUCAACUAACUUCAAUUGGUCAGUAAGAUGCACAAGAGAAAGUGCACUGCAUAUAAAAACUAAGAGGAGGGAAGUAAAUACAUUAAAACAAUCAAAUCGGUGAGUUGGAAAACUGUACCGUCCAAAAUUAGGCAUUUUAAGUGAAGAUAACCAUGUGCUCCCUCAUCAUGAAAAUCAUACAAGAUCCUUAACCGUUAACGGUAUUUAGCACGUUGUUACUGACCAAUGAGGUGGAGAACCGUACAAUGUCCAUAUAUCUCAAAAUGAAGUUUUUGGACAUGUACAAUUUUCGAACUCACCAAAUCAAUUAUUUAUUUACAUAAAGAUGUAUUUAUUUAUUCAUAAUUUUAUUAUUUAUAUCUUUUCUUUUUGUGAGAAUUUACAGCUUUUGUUUUAUGAGAUCUGAAAUAAAAUGAACUCGGCAAGUCCCUCUUAUACUUUGCCACUACACCUGACCGUCAUCGACCAAAUGAAACGAGCCGAACUGUACAUGCAUGUAUAUUUAUAUCACUAUUUUUAUACAUUUUAUAUUUGCAUUAUUAAAUAAAUUCAA